AGAACUAGCUGGAUCAAAGGUCAAGCCCAAGUGCCAAGUGCUUGCAAACAGCCCUACUUCUGGCACUCAGUCAAUCACCACAGUGCUUCAAGAUGACUUCUUUGAAUCUUGCUUGUGUGUCUGUUGUUCCCAUCCCGUCUGCACCCCAGGCAGAUGAGUUCUUCUGCUGGCUGUCAGAGGAUGUGGCCUGUAUCCCUGCCAGUUCUCAGUGUGAUUACACCAAAGACUGCCCCCUAGGGGAAGAUGAGCAAAGCUGCGGACCUUGUACCUUUGAGAACAAUCAGUGUGGAUGGAUGUGAGUAAGAGGGACAUCAGGUGGCAGAGACAGAGAGCGACUGUGUCCACAGACCCCGACCAUACCACAGGCACAGGCUCCUACAUGAGUAUCGUCCAAGGAAAAUCCAACAUUGGCCAAAGCAAAUCCAGGGGCAAUGCCCGUCUGCUGAGUCCAAGGCUCCCCCCGUCAAGCCCCUACUGCCAGAUGAUGUUUCACUUCCGGGUGACCCCCGGAGGAGGGGCUGGCUUGUAUGUCUUCCUGUUGGAGUCUGGUGCCAAAUCAGGGACGUUGCUCUGGUCCCGCCCUAAGCAGGACAGCGGCCAGUGGGUUCCAGAGAUUCUCAAUGUGGGCUCCAUGCCUCAGCCAUACAAAGUGAACCCCUCCUCUCACAAUUGCUCCUUUGAGGACCACUCCUGUGGCUGGAUCCAGGCAGCCAGUGAUGACCUGGACUGGCAGCGCUGGACCGGACCUUCUGUCACCGCUAACACCGGACCCGCGGGGGACCACACCACUGGCUCGGGGAAUUACCUAUAUGUUGAGAGCUCCUCUCCAAGCAGAGUAGGGGACGUGGCCCAGCUGAAGUCCCCUCUGCUGCCACCUGCUGGCCCCCAAGGCUACUGCAUCACUCUCUGGUACCACAUGUUUGGUGCCACAGUUGGAAGCUUAAGGUUGUACUUGCAAGAAACUCAGCCCCUACAGAGGACACUGAUGUGGAAGAGGCAGGGCAUGCAAAGCGACAUGUGGCAGAUGACCCAGAGUCAUGUGACCCUGCAAGAGGUCCAUCAGGUGGUGCUGGAGGCGUCGGUGGGUGGUUGGGCGGGAGACGUUGCUCUGGAUGACAUCAGCCUUAUCCCUGGAGCUUGCCGUCACUCCGGACCCACAGACCGGUGUGACUUUGAGGAGAGUGACUGUGACUGGACCUCAGAGAGCUGGGUGCGGCGUUCCGGUGGUGGUCCCAGUAGGGAGCCAGGAUCCGAUCACACCACCGACACGCCCCAUGGGCGUUACUUUUACCUGGGCUCCUCAAGCUCCCACCCCCCCAGUCACAUGGCCUCACUGAUCUCCCCACAAUUCGCUACAGGAAAAGGUGACUGUCUACAGGUCUGGUACCACAUGGAUGGGGACAGCAUAAGUACUCUAAACAUGUAUCAGCAGAGCGAGGAUGGCGGUCGCAAACUUGUUUUUUCAAAGACUGGCAGCCAGGGGGAGCUGUGGAGGCUUGGCAAUGUCAGGCUGGAUCAUAUGGAGGCAUCUGCAUUCCGGAUUGUGGUAGAGGGUGUCUGGGGGACAGGGGUAUCUGGAGGCGUCGCCAUUGACGAUGUGGUGCUGUCUAAUGGAGCCUGCCCACCACCUGGAGUCUGUGACUUCCAGGGGAGUCUGUGCGGGUGGACCAACAUUGAGGCAGGCGACCAAGCCGAUUGGCUACGAGGGAGAGGGACCUCCCCUCUUCCCAGCACGGGGCCCCGCGUGGACCACACCAUGGGCUCCAGCCAAGGCUACUACGUGUACGUGGACAGUGCAGUGGGACAGAAGGGUGACAAGGCCAUGUUGUAUAGUGAGGUCUUCCAACCAACCCAGGGAGAUGGCUGCUUGAGCUUCUGGUACCACAGGCAUGGUCAGAACAUCGGCAACCUCAGCCUCUACAGCGGCACCAGGAACCCCUUUGGUGAUGACGAGAAGGACUUGGCACUGCUGUGGACAGAGGCCGGCAGCCAAGGGGACACCUGGAUAGAGGCCACUGUGGCAGUCAGCAACAUGGAGCCAUUUUGGUUUGUUUUUGUAUACCAGAGAGGGGAGGGCGGGCUGGGACACCUGGCUCUGGAUGACAUCCAGCUCAUCAAAGGAAGAUGCUCCACCAUCAAUUCAUCCCUGUCUUCUCCAGCUGCAGUUUAUGUCGGCGUGGGUUUGGGUCUCGUGCUUUCUGUUGCACUGGGGGUCAUCGCUAGCGUGGUCUUACUGCAGAGGAGUUUGUCCACCAUGAUACCCAGUGCGGGAGACCGUGACUUGGACAACAUCAUCUUCCACAUGCAUGACUGCAAACUAGAUGAAUUGGAGACCACAGGUUCCUCUGAGAAGCUGACAAAUAUGUCCCCCGCUGUUGACAUGGACACCGAAACAUCGUCAUCGGAAGCCUAGCAGGAAAAAACAAUCAACACUGAUGACUUUUUUAAAGUUAGAUAAAAGUUUGCCGAUAUGAAUGGGACCCUCCAAGCAUGACCUCGGAUAUCUAGCGGAAAGAUUUCCAGGCCAAAGCAUUUUUUUCUUGCAAGAUCCCUUUAUCCAAAUCUUUUUCAAAAAUUACAUUAUCAUGAAGAGGGCAAUAUCACUAGACGUUAACUGUUAUGUUGACUUUCAACAGUCACUCAGAAAUGUACUGUUAGUACACGUUUACCUCAUGUAUUAUGGGGUUAAUGUGGUUAUUGGCAGAGGAGACUCUGGAAGGACACGUCCCCCUCGAUGUUUACACAGUACAUUUAUGAAGUUUAAUUCUUUUAAGAGACAUUAUUUCAGCAUUUCAUACUAGUUUGUUUUUGGUGAGGUUCAGCUAGUGAGGGUUUACAAAUGUUUCAUAUAAUGAAAUAUUCCUGAAAGCCUCUACACCCGCAUGUGCAAUCCAAGACAUGAUGGGAUGAUAAAACCAUACAUUGUACACGUUUUGUCCAUAUUCACUUCAGCAUUUGAUGGGUUUGUCAUUUCUUACUGCAAUUUCUGAAAGUAUGGGGUCUGGUCACACUCAAACACUGGUACGGAGAUCAAUGAUGGACAGAAGUGUUGGAUGUGAUGAGAAGUUCCACAAUGUGGUCAAGACAUGUCAAGGCCCUCCACACAUGUAAUAUGAACUAUGAGCAAUAAAAUAUAGGAAAUUA